UAAAAACGGGAAGAAAGGCAAAGAAAGCAACAUGGGUCUACUAGAAUUCGAAGAGUGGUCGAAUCAGGACUUAUUUUCUGGUCGAUCUCGCAUGUGCUCCAAACUGCACGGCUUGACCCCUGGUCAACGACGAGUCUGUCGGCGGUACCAGGACCACAUGCCUGCGGUGGGGGCUGGUGCAAAGCAAGGCAUCACUGAAUGUCAGUACCAAUUCAGAAGUCGACGGUGGAACUGCACGGUGACCGGUGAUGAAACAGUGUUCGGACCUUUGACGUUGAUUGCAUCAAGAGAGACAGCGUUUACAAACGCGAUAACCUCAGCGGGUGUAUCUCUGGCGAUAUCACGCGCGUGUCGGGACGGCCGGCUGGCGAGCUGUGGCUGCAGUCGUGCAGCCCGGCCUAAGAACCUGCACGAUGACUGGGUGUGGGGCGGCUGUGGAGACAAUCUGCAGUAUGGAUACAAGUUCACCGAAGGUUUUGUGGACAUUCGUGAACGAGAGAGAAAGGUGAAGAGAGGCAGCCGGGAGCAAGGCAGACAACUGAUGAAUAGACAUAACAAUGAGGCUGGAAGACGGGCAGUCAUAAAGAAGUCAAGGGUGACGUGUAAAUGCCACGGCGUGUCGGGAUCUUGCAGCCUCAUUACGUGCUGGCAACAACUACCGUCGUUCAGAGAGAUCGGUGAUUAUCUGAGAGAUAAAUAUGAGGGCGCCACAGAAGUAAAAGUAUCGAGACGCGGUAAACUACGACUUGGCAAUCCACAUUACAGUCUUCCCACUGCUAAUGACUUGGUCUACUUAGAGGAAUCGCCAAACUAUUGUAUCAAGAAUGAAACACUCGGUUCCCCCGGCACAACAGGUCGUGCGUGUAACAGGACGUCGGCGGGUAUGGACGGGUGUGCGCUGCUGUGUUGUGGCCGCGGCUACAACACUAAGAAAAUCGUAAUCCGGGAGCGCUGUGAGUGCAAGUUCCACUGGUGCUGCAGAGUUGAUUGUAAUACAUGCGUACGGACAGUCGAAUUAUAUACCUGCAAAUAA